UUUAGCCGCGGAGAGGGUGAAAUAUGGCGAAAAUCGAAAAUUUACAAAGUGCGCGGGGUCAAUCCUCGGCAACUCCCUCGUAAUCAAAUUUCCCUCGGCAGAAAUACCGGCUUUUCGGCGGAAGUUCCCCGGGGGGAGUCAGAGAACUGGUGGCGGUGCUUUCCCGAGUGAUUCCGGACGUUCUGUACGUUAUUACGAGGUUUUUAGGUAUGUUUAUACACCAGUGGCGCGCAGUGCACAGUGGGACAGCAAUGGUGGGCGCGUGAUUUUGAACAAAAUCGAGGUUUCGAGGCUGCAACAAGCAAGUGAAGAUCUCGCAGAAUGUCUUCGAACAAAUCGCCAGGGCCGCGAGCCCUAGUCGAGCCGCUGACCCUAGCCGACAACGAGCUGUCAGCCCUGACCCUAGCAAACAGCACCGACCACUACUCCGCCUCCGAGCUCGAGAGUUUCGUGAGCAUCGAGGCAGACCUGGAGUGCAUGAACGAGGAGGUGAUGACAACAGAGGAGAUAAUAAUCGAGCGACCGGAGGACAACCAGACGAUAGCCCCAGACGUGGAGAUGGCGGAUUUAUCGGAGGAAGUCCAGAGUGAUCAGAUAAUCUACAGCCCCUCGCCGCAGCCUAGCCAGAACCUGGUGUUCCAGACGAAGCCGACCCUCCAGCGAGUGCCAAUAUCAGCAGUUCAGGUGAAGCCCAACGCAGUCCAGCCGACGCAGAGCCAAUCGAUAAUGAUAGUGUCCCCAGCUGGGGGUUCAGGUACGAGUCAGAUCCUGAAGAUCUCCCACCCAGCGACAGCCUCCCGAGGGCAGAUACAGAGCCUAGCGCAGUCCAUAAUCACUGCCAAGUCGGCUGAUGGGAACAUAGUUCACCUGAGAUCAGCCCAGACGGGGAAGCCCCUCGUGGCGACCAGUCAAGCAGCUAAUAUCACAGUCAGUAACAUUCAGGGAGCGAAGAAUGCCCAGACGACAGCCAAGAGACCGACCCAGGUGAUCCACCAGGGCAGGAACGUCAUCACGAAGAUGUUUCUGUCUGGAAGUCAGUCGCAGCCUGGCCAGGAGGUGAUCCUGGCCCAGAGUCAGGACACACCGCAGUCACAGACCAUCAAGUUCCUGACGACAUCCAAUGCCCAGGGGCUCAACAACGCUGCCAAGACAAUCACUUUUGCCCAGGCCCAGCAGAUGGGCCUCAUCUCUGCGGGCAACAAGGUGCAGCAGAUCCUACCCUCGGGGGCCCAGAAGCAGCAGGGGAUUCUACUCAAUAAAUCCGGCCUGGUCGUCCAGACAUCGACCUCACAGCCACCAAAAUUGACCCUGAUACCCACGACAUCGGUUAAAUCACCUGCCAAGAUCCUCCCUGCACCCACGGUUACCACGCAGGUGCGACAGACGAGCAUUCCCAAUUCGCAGGUGACUUUCACGAACACUGGGAAGAGCGCGGUGCAGACCAGCCCACAGAAGGUCAUCAUCAGACAGAGUGCAUUGAAGCCUGGAACUGUUCUGGGUGGUGGCCAGGUGAUAAGAAUACCAGGGCAUCCAAUACAAAUGCCGGGGAGACAAGUGCAGUACGUGAGACUGGUGAGUACAGCCUCUUCACCCACUACCAAUGUCAUGACUGUGGGCAAGCCCAAGCCCCAGACGAUCCAGGCGAUGGGGGUCACGCAGAAGAUCGGGGGACAGCAGCAGAUCGUCAAGGUCGUUCCCCUGAACACCGCCACGAAUCAACCCUUGAGGACAGUUGCCCCCAAGACCACUGUCUCUGGGGGGAACCAGAGACUGCUGAUACCAGCGCCAACUACUACUGGGGGCCAGACGAAAAAUGCUGUGGCCAUUCCUGCAUCAGCGCUCAGUCAACUGGCAUCUGGACAGGCUGUUAUUUCCACUAAUUCCAAUGUCGGGAAUAUUGUGGUCCUCCCUGCGCAAUACAUUCAACAGCAAACUGAAGAACCGAAACCCAAGUCCACUCCCUCCACCCCAACUCUCCUCAGCAGUUCCCAAAGCACCAGUGGAAAUUUAUCAAGCUCAUCAGCAGAUCCACCGACUCCAAAGGGUUCACAAAAGAGUAGUGCAGCAGCUGAAGCCAAUGGGAUUCGACCCAGAAAGCCCUGCAACUGUACAAAAUCCCAGUGUCUCAAACUAUACUGCGACUGCUUUGCUAACGGUGAAUUCUGUCACAUGUGUAACUGCAAUAAUUGUUCCAAUAAUCUGGGGAACGAGGAGGAGAGACAGAGGGCCAUCAAGACGUGUCUCGAGCGCAAUCCCAACGCCUUUCGUCCGAAAAUUGGCAAGGGAAGGGAGACUGGGGAUGAUAUACGAAGACACAACAAGGGAUGCAACUGCAAACGCAGUGGGUGCCUGAAGAAUUACUGCGAGUGUUACGAGGCUAAGAUCCCUUGCUCAGCGAACUGCAAAUGCAUUGGCUGCAGGAAUGUUGAGGAGCCGACUAUUGAGAAAAAAUCACUGAAGGAUCUCGCUGAUGCCGCUGAAGUCAGGACGACUCAGCUCAUGUUGAAUAAAUCUAAGACACAACAGUUCUCAGCUAUGACAUUCCGACCUCCUGCUACCUCUAACACAGGCCCCAGACAACCAUUUAAUUUCUUGACCGAUAAAGUUGUGGAGAUGACUUGCCAAUGUCUGAUGGCCCAGGCUGAAGAUGCUGAGCGAAGUAUGCUGGACGAAGACACAUCACAGAGACUGAUAAUCGAGGAGUUUGGGCGCUGCCUGAAGGAGAUAAUCGAGUCAGCCUACGAGGCUGAAGCCACCACCUAGCAGGAUAUUUAUUCGAGAGACGUGAAGACAGAUGAGUCUUUGUUUGUGUAAAAUAAUUAUUUUUCUGGGUAUGAGGAGCUUGGCAAGGAAUUCAGACAGCAGUUAUGUUUUUUAGAGUGUACAACCUUCAGUUUGAGUGAGCAUAAUUGGAGAAUUAAUUGCUGAAUCGAUUGACUGUUGUCAGCAAGUGAAUAUGAUGGUAAAAUUGAUUGUGUUGAAGUCACAGUUAUUUGAGUUUAAUGUACAUCUGCAGUCCAUUCGAUACGCGAAUGAAAAUAAUCCUGGAAUAUUACGAGCAUAUUUUAUGGUAACAUUGUAAUAAUUAUGAAUAAAUGAUCGACUAUUGAUUUCUGAUGUUGA